AUGAAUGAAAAAAAGCUCUUGUCGAAGUCAAAAGAAGAAACACAGGAAAAUCUCAGCCAAAAUGACAUUUUACAAUGGUAUCAACACACACAAAAGAAGAACGCUAGAGAGGAAAAAGACUCUCAGACAUCUCAGGCACUUCACGGGGUAGGAGACGUAAAUGAAGAUGAUGUGCUCAGUAUGAUUAUUCGAGGAACCCAAGAAAUCGUGCCUCAAAAACUCACAAUCAACGGUGAAACUCUGUCAACGGGUUUUAUCGAAUUGGGCUUGGAUUCGCUUAAUCUUGUGGAUUUUGUUGACCUUCUGAAUAGUAAAUAUCUCCCAAAUGCUCAGCUUUCAACAACUGACAUAUUUGACUACCCUUCUAUAACAAAGCUAGCGGAACAUGUUAGAAGAAAGAUGGGCAAACAAAAGGCCUUGUCAAAGUCGGAAAAACGUAUACAAAAGGAUUUAAAGAGUCAAAUUGACACUCCAAAGAGGAACCAAAUAAAGCAAAAGAAGGCUGAAAAAGGAGGUGGUUUGCACAAUCAGAAUAGAGAAGAAAAUACGACAAUAGAAGAAGUUGUCGACAUGGUUAUUAGUGCUACGCAAGAGACUGUUCCUCAAGAACUUGAAAUGAACUCUGAAUUCCUAUCAACGGGUUUCAUUGAACUAGGCUUAGAUUCGCUUAAUCUGGUGGAUUUCGUGGAUCUCCUAAAUAGCAAGUAUUUUCCGAAUGUCCAGCUCUCAACAACUGACAUUUUCGACUAUCCUACUAUAGAAAAACUAGGAGAACGUAUUCAUAAAAAGAUAACCAGUCAGAAGAACUUAUCAAAACCUGCUGAAUGGGAAGUCGCGGUUGAAGAUGUUCUCAGCAGUGUCGUUUGUGCCACGCAAGAGAUUCUACCUCAAAAACUAGCAAUCAAUGAUGAGACUCUGUCGAAGGGCUUUAUUGAAUUGGGCUUAGAUUCGCUUAAUCUUGUGGAUUUCGUAGAUCUUUUGAAUAAUAAGUAUUUUCCGGAUGCGCGGCUCUCAACAACUGACAUUUUUGACUAUCCUACCAUGGAGAAGCUAGCCGAACAUAUUCGCAAGAAGAAGAUCAAUCAGAAGGACUCAGAAAUUCGCAAACUAAAGACUCCAAAAAAGCAAAGUGAGAUUCCAAAAAUGGAUCAACGAACACAAGCAGUGAAUCAAGACGGAGAAAGUUCGCAAAGAUUCCAGAAUAAAGGAGAAGACGCAACUGUAGAUGAUACACUCAACAUGGUUAUUAGAGCUAUGCAAGAGAAAUGGACAAAAAAGGGCGAAACGACAUUUCUAACGUGGAUCAAGGAUUGUCCAGAGUGGAAGAAAGUCCACAAAGUACUCAAACUCAUAGAAGGAGAGGGGAAGACGCGAUCGUAG